AUGCAAAGAGAGGUAGACUAUCUGGUUAACAGGUUGGGACCAGGACAAGUCUACGGCGAUAAUGUCUCAGAGGUAACCCGUGGAAUUGUAUACCAUAUACCAAGAGUGAGGGAUAGAAAGCAACUGCAACGUUUGGUAAAUGCAAUGUUUAACUCCAAGAUUUGGCAUAUUCCUGCCCUGGACAUCCUGGAACUAUACGAAGUCACUCAAGCCAUUUUCCGAUGGAAACUGAAAAUAUCAGAGCCAAGUAUAUCUAUUAAAGAUUUCUACGAUACAUGGAAUAACGCAUUUUAUAGUAUUCGUACUUGGACAUUACCUCAAUUGGCAAUACUUAGCGGGGUCUUGAGUACCAAGACGGAAUUCCUUAGCGUUCAGCAGCAAUAUUUCAUUGAUGACUCAAGUAGUUGUGCGCGAAUGUAUGACGACUGGAUGGCGAAGCACUUUCUGCCCGUUUGGACAGUAAUGCUGGAAAAGUAUAAAUCGUUGCCUCCAAAAUUUGAGCAGCUAGUGCUAAUGUACGCACCUCUCCGUAACAAGCGAAGCGGCGUUGGUAUAAAUUCAGGCAACGUUAUUCAAUGUCUAUUUAAUCUGGUUAUAAAAUACAUCACAAGCAAAGAUGAUAGCUCUUUUGUGGGCAGGCACCUGAAUGAUAUUGCAUUUGUACUAAAUGCACUCGUUAGCGAUGGUUCCCAGGCUGUGUUAUCCAGUAUUUUACACCAGCUAUGCCAGGUAUCAUAUGACCUAUCCCUCAAGGAAUUAACACGCCAGGAAACUGUGAGGUACGAUGUAAAGUACUACGCAAACAUAAUGUUCACUUUUGUUUUAAUUUUGGAUGGUUGUUUGCAUAAUAAGGCUCGAAUUCCUGGACUACAUCACCAAGCUAUUAUGAUUCUGUUCUAUAUCAAUUUUAUUGUACAGGAUUUUGGAAAAGAAGAGUUUCAUAGCUACCAGCGUGUAUACCAGGUGAGUGCAUCAAUUUUGGCACACAAUGUUGACAUAAUGAAUGCUUCUUUGCAAGUGCUACUGGGCAACAUAUGGAAAACUGACACUAAGGCCAAUACUUCCCGUAUUAUAUUCAUGUUGGAAUUCCUUGAAACUACCCUGUUACAUAUACCAAUCAAUUCACAAUAUAUUGAUAAAGUUCUUCAACCCAUAAUAAUGUCCUAUAUCCAUUCAACAAAUAGUAUCGUCAGGGAAAAUGCACACGCAGUGCAGCUCUCAAUUUUCCAAAGUCCAAACACAAGCGAAACUCCUAUUGCAUGGAAAAGCAUUAGUUUGAAGCCUUAUCUUGAACUGAUCCUCACACAAUUUGCGUCAAAUUUGGUUUCUAAAGAGCAGCUACUGACUGUCUACGAAACAAUUAACUCACAGCUACCUUAUAUAUCUAUCAAGUACCCAGGAAUUGUUGAAGAGCUUUUACAGUUCACUUUUUCAAAAGUUAGAGACUGCAGCAAAAUUCCCACCAAGGUGGUUUUAAGUGAGUGCUUGAUCUUGCAAUGUGGAGCAUUGUCGGGCGAUGGCAUUUGCAAGUGGCUGGAUACAUGUCAGGAACUAAUAACGCAGCUUCCACAACCAGGACAGCUUGAACUGAAAUGGAAAAUGUGGGAACUCGUAAAGAAAAGUCGAAACGACGCAGCAAUCCAAUGGUGGUACACACAUGAUAUUCAUGUGAGACUUUGA